AUGGCGUUCAAUUUCAACUGGUCACCGCUCAUAGCGGACACGGAGCGCGUACGCGAUAUGCUCACGAGCGCUUUGAACAAGUCCCCGAAGCCGCCGAUCAUUGUUGACGAUAUCAUUGUCAAUGAACUGAAUCUUGGCUCGACGCCGCCCGAGCUGGAGAUCUUGGAGAUUGGCGAUCUGGCAGAAGACCGGUUUCGAGGCAUAUUCAAGAUGAGUUAUACCGGCGAUGCGUAUCUCACGCUCAAGACGAGAGUGCAGGCCAAUCCGCUCAAUACAUACCUCUCUACCAAGCCAAGCUUUGCGAGUCCACAGCCGCUGGCCGCAAGUAGUAGCUUGACAAUACCUAUCCAGAUUACGCUUUCUGAGUUUCGACUCUCAGGCUUCGUGAUAUUGGUGUUCUCAAAACAAAAAGGCAUCACCAUUGUCUUCCGGAACGAUCCCCUCGAGAAGCUAAAAGUCUCCUCGACGUUCGACUCGAUACCUUUCGUACGCGAUUACCUGCAGAAGACGAUCGAGAACCAGCUGCGAGUGCUGUUCAUGGAAGAUCUGCCUGCCAUAAUACAUCGUCUAUCUUUGCGCGUGUUCAGCCCUGAAUAUCAAACAGCGGAGAAUCAAGAGCCGAAGAAGACCGAUGAAGAGAAGCCCGUCGAUCCAUUUGCGAGUCCAGCACAACAACCAAUCGACGACGACGACAUCAACUCCUCUUUCUCAUUGGAAACGCCUAUCGAGACCUACGCUUCGUUCUCACAAAAGAACUUGGUGCGACUUGCAGCUCUCACGGAGAGCCAGAGAACACUUAGUCUCUUCACACCAAGCAUACGAGAUACAGUGUAUCGUGCAUGGGCAAGUUCUACCCAACGCGACGAUGUCAGCAAUGGAACCAGCACACCGACACGACCUAUCACGCUCUCGAGACUACAAUCAUCCAUGUCGCACGGCGCGUUAUCGUCAGCUGCCUCGCAAGUUUCGGGAAUUGGGUCAGAAGCUACUAGGCCUAGCUUGGCGAGCAUGGCAACAGGGUCCACAUCGACUGUGUACACCCUAGGAAGCGGUGCGCAGAGAUCGCGCCCUGGAAAGAAGAGGAAACACCGGAUCGUGAAUCUUCGACGGGAUAAGACACAAGAAGGAGCCAGCGAAGUUGCGAGUGUCUCCAGCAGCUAUGAAGACAGCGCAAGCCGCAGCAUCAGUGGUUCUGCCCGAUCGAGUGUCGAGAGGACUGGCACGUUACAGUCUACUGCACCUACUAGCAACGAGAGAGAAGGCGAGAUUACUACACCUCCACGAAGUCCGAAGAAAACUGUCGGUUUCAGCAGCGAUGGGCCAGGAGACGAGAAGGCGGGACACCAUGAGCCACAGCGAUCGAGGCCUCACACACCGAAGUCUCGACCGGAGCCCGGACCUUCACAGGAUGCCGAUCCUACACCACGAGCGUCUAUGGUGUUGCCGGAGAAGCCUGCCCGUCGUCCGGCAGUCAAUCAGCUCCCGCGGAUGCAAUCGUUCCCAUCACGGUCGCCAUCCCCCGAGCUUCGACGAUCGUCCUCAUCCGACAUUGGUCGCUCGGCGUCUGAGUUGCGACUUCAGAACCUUGUUGCUGCCUUUAGUGAGGGUAGCAGUGGAGGCAUACUUGAACAAGCUUGGAUGCAAAAGAUGGCGACAGAGAUCGCGAGGAAGGUCGAACAGGAGAGGUCGAAGCAGAGACCCUGGAGGCCUUUGUCAGAAGAUGGCAUUUCAGAAGCUGCUGAAGCACCGCCUGCGUAUGUGUCUUGA